AUGCACCACUUUGACAUGGACAACUCUCACCUUCUUCAAUUCCUUCCCAACACCACCACCACCACCAACACCAACCCCUUCUUCCACACUGCACCACACACCACCAACAUCAUGCACCAACACCACACCCUCUCUAAUAACUCCUCCUCCAAUAACUUCUACCCCUUCCAUGUCUCCCAAAUUACCCCCACACCCUCCCACCAAGAUAGAGCCCUUGCUGCCAUGAAGAACCACAAGGAAGCUGAGAAGAGAAGGAGGGAGAGAAUCAACUCCCACCUCGAUGAACUUCGCACUCUUCUCCCCUGCAAUUCCAAGACAGACAAGGCUUCGCUUCUGGCUAAGGUUGUGCAGCGAGUGAAGGAGCUGAAGCAGCAGACGUCGGAGAUAACGGAGCUGGAGACGGUUCCGUCGGAGACUGACGAGAUCACGGUGCUCUCCACUGGCGGGGACUAUGGCGGCGAUGGGAGACUGAUAUUCAAGGCCUCGCUGUGCUGCGAGGACCGCUCGGACCUCAUCCCGGACCUAAUAGAAAUCCUGAACUCGCUUCACCUCAAAACCCUCAAAGCGGAAAUGGCCACUCUCGGAGGAAGAACGCGCAACGUUCUCGUGGUGGCUGCAGACAAAGAACACAGCAUCGAAUCCAUCAAUUUCCUUCAGAACUCGCUCAAGUCUUUGCUAGACAGGUCCAAUUCCAGCGAUAGGUCAAAACGACGCCGUGGCCUAGACCGGAGACUAAUGUCUUAA